CUAUACAUAUGCGCGUCCAGAUCGAUCGAUCUCUCGCUCUCUUCCCAACGACGAAGCCAAUUGCUUGCAACUACAUUCCCACUCCUGGCCGUGACCACCCAUCCAUCGGUUGCUUUUUGUCUUGUCCAAGCCCCGCCUCUCGGGCUUUGCACACAUAUAUAUACAUCGUCGCUUUGCGAUCGAUCGAUUCAGCUGGGCGCAGUCGCUGGCGCUACAGCUAGACUCCAGCAAGCUAGCAAAAUGGUAGGAGGAGGAGGCGGUGGCGCCGGCGGGCGGGCGGAGAUCGACACCAGGGCGCCCUUCCGCUCGGUCAAGGAGGCCGUCGCCCUCUUCGGCGAGAAGGUCCUCGCCGGGGAGCUCUACGCCGGACUACGGCUCCCCGCCGCCGCCGUCAACGAGACCUUCAGUUUCAUAUUAUGUGUAACUUGCUUGAACCGAGCGACGGCGACAAGACCCAACCACCACGCUGUCAGCGUCAUCACCGGCGCGGUCACCACCGUUACGCCACGCCCCGUGCCGCCGGCCGCGGAGCUUGCGGUGGCGAAACAGGAGCUGGAGAAGGAGCGGGAGGAGAAGCAGAAGAUGGCCGGGUGCAUCCAGUCCCUGCAGGAGGAGCUCAACCACGCCAUGAGGGAGCUCAAGAGGCUCAAGGCUCGCGAGGACGAGGAGGCCGGCGCCAACGCCAAGGUCAUCGACCUGGAGAUCGACGAGGGCCGCCUCAGCUUCACCGAGGCAGAGAAGCAGCUGGCACCGCCGCGGGGCUCUGCCGACGGCGUCGCAGCUGCCGGAGGCGAGCUCCAGAAGAAGAGGUACGUGACGUUCGCCGACCCACCGACGGCCGCGGCAGCGUGCCGCGCGCCGCCGUUGCCGGACGUCGUGAUCGAGCUGCACCGCGCGCCGUCGUCCCACGCGCCGCAGCCGCAUUACUACCGCGAGCCGCGGUUCCAGAGGCAGAUGUCGGCCGGUCACGAGGCCGCCAAGGCCAUGGCGGAGGAGGGGAGGAAGAAGAAGAAGAAGCCGCUGAUCCCGCUGGUGGGCGCGCUCUUCAUGCGGAGGAAGAAGAGCAGCAGCAGCUGCCACGAUGACCCGUUUUGAUCCAUCGAUACAUAUAUACAUACAUCCAUGCACACGAAAGUUAAUCACUCAAGAGUUUUUCAUCUUAAAUUUUUAAUCCUCAUACAUAUGUAGUUAUUGGCAUGCACAAUGCUUGGUCUUGUACGGACCUUUGAUCAAUAAAAUAUGUACACACAGA